AUAGAGUGAAUGGUAGGAAGUGUUUGGGUUUGUUCGAAGUUUAGCGAAGAAAACAAAUUCGUAAUUCGUCUUCUGUGUUGGAUAACUAACUGAAAACAUUUGUCUGUCAUUUUUUUCCACGAAUUACUGAGUUACGGUCAGUCAUUUUCGUUAUGUCGAUGACCAUUAAGUGUGGUACGUGUGUGAAACGGUCCUAAGGAUUAAUGCUUGGAGCUUGUGCCAAAUUUCACCUGUUGAUGAAAAGAAAUCGGUGGUCACAAUGAGCGGACUGAAUAUGUUAUCACCGUCAGAUUGCCUGGAGCCUCCUUCGCAUAUUAAUCACCGUAAUCCGGAUCAUUUUUCAUCAUGUUUUGGUAUGCUGAAUCGUUUGAGAGAAGAUGAACUGCUUUGCGAUAUUUCUCUGGUCGUUGGAAAUCAAACGAUUAAAGCUCAUAAAAUCAUAUUAGCCUCUGCUAGCCCAUAUUUCUAUGCGAUGUUUAUCGGUGAUAUGGCGGAAAAACACAAAGAUGAAAUCGUACUUCAUAAUAUAGAUUCGUACGCUGUACAGUUAUUGAUCGAGUACUCUUACACGGGAGAUGUUAAAAUUACCGAGGAUAAUGUACAGGUUUUAUUGCCCGCUUCUAGUCUUUUACAAUUAAUAUCAGUAAGGGAGGCGUGUUGCAGAUUUUUAAUGAAACAGCUUCAUCCUAGUAAUUGUCUCGGAAUUAGAAAUUUCGCUGAUAUUCAUUUAUGCGCCGAGCUUCAACAAAGAUCGUAUAAAUAUAUCUUAAUGAACUUCCAAGAAGUUAUGAAAACCGAAGAAUUUUUCACCUUAUCAUUCGAAGAGCUUUUAAGUAUCAUCUCCAGCGAUCAACUUAACGUAUCUAAAGAAGAAAGCGUCUACACUGCCGUUAUGGAUUGGGUUAAAUAUAAUUCGAGUGAACGAUCGCAAUGUGUUCCAAAACUUCUGGAGCACAUACGGUUCCCUCUGAUGCAACGCGAAUUCUUAAUGAGUAACGUCGAACCUGAAAAUCUAGUUAGAGACGAUGCAGACUGCAAAGAGUACCUGCUGGAAGCGAUGAAGUACCAUUUAAUGCCCGAAUACAGAAUGUCGUUCAUAAGCUCUCGAACCAAGGAACGAAAUCCCGACGGAAUGCUACCGUAUAUUUUUGCCGUCGGUGGUGGAAGUUUAUACGCUAUACAUUCGGAAUGCGAAUGCUAUAAUCCGAAAUUGGACAGAUGGUUUAAUAUAUCGCCCAUGUUAUCGAAAAGGAGCCGAGCUGGGGUUACGUCGUUGGCGAAGAAGUUAUUCGUGGUCGGAGGAUACGACGGAGCUUCUGAUUUAUCGAGUUGCGAAUGCUACGAUCCAGGUAAUGAUAAAUGGACGCAAAUCACUCCCAUGGGCAUUAAACGAAGUUGCUUAGGGAUUUGCGGCUUCGAAGGGCUUCUUUACGUAUGCGGUGGAUACGACGGCGCCUCUUGUCUAAGCAGCGUAGAAAGAUUCGAUGCUCUGAACGGAAUUUGGACCUCUUGCCCCGAAAUGUCGACUCGUAGAAGAUAUUGUCGCGUAGCUAACAUAGAUGGAUGUUUAUACGCUCUCGGAGGAUUCGACACAAGCACUUACCAGGCCAGCGUCGAAAGACUCGAUCCUCGAAUCGGUCGUUGGAUGAGUGUACCAUCGAUGAACCAAAGACGAAGCAGUUCCGGUGUAGCUACGUUGAACGGUAUGCUGUACUGUGUUGGCGGUAACGACGGUACCGUUUGUAUGUCAAAUGGCGAACGUUUCAAUGUACGGCGUAACACUUGGGAACCAAUAGCUUCUAUGAAUGCGAGAAGAUCAACUCACGAAUUGGUGGAAAUAAACGGUAAAUUGGUAGCAAUCGGCGGCAACGAUGGUAACUCGAGUCAUAAUUCAGUCGAAAUGUACGAUCCAGAAUCAAAUCGUUGGACACCUUUAGCGUCCAUGGUGAGCAGACGCAGUUCUGUGGGCGCUGCUGUAGUCUGUUGUUUCAAUAUGGAAAUCAAACAGUCUCACAAAAACGGUAUUAUACCGUUGUUGACUAAAAAUAGUCGCACCAAUAAAAGUCUGGAUAUCACUAAACACGAACUCAAGAGUAAUAAGACUUCGGAAAAAGAUUACAAAAUGUGAUACGUUAAAAAAAAUUACGCAUUUAUAUUCUCAAGACUCCCUUUUGCACAAUUUUCUAUUUUUGUAAAUUUACAGCUCAUUUUAUACCGAAGAGCUAAAUGGAUCGUUUUAUUACUAUUAGACGUGAAACUUUCACAUGUGUAGAUAAAGAUACAUACGAUCGAGUAUUGUUCGUUAGAUGUGCUUUAUGUUUGUUACGUUUUAUAAUUUUGACAAUGUUACUGGUACGUUUAGAUUUUAAAAAUUUUUAGCGUUAUUGUAUAAAAAAAAGGACGUAAAUACAAUGGUAUUUGAUUUUAUA